ACUGCGGGAGCGACCUUGUAACGACUUCAAUGUUGUGAUGAGGGCCCCCGUUAGAAAGUUCAUCUUGCGUUAGAAGGCCGGAAUCAUUCUGCUCGUCACUGCAGCUGCCGAAGACGAUAUCAUAUGCUUACAUAAUCAGCCAAGUUUCCCAUUUUGGGUGAGACCAGUGUCGACGAAAAUUCUUCGACAUCAAGGACAACGACGAACUCACUCUCAAAAUGGCCCCCAACGUCAUAGCACACGAUGAUCUCGAGGAUGAUAUUGACUACUCCGAUAUUGAAGCAAAAUACCAGGUCGAAUACGACGAGGGCCUCGACAAUGUCGUUGUUGUAGAUGGGGUUCCUGUUAUUGAUGAAUCAAAAGCGGAGAAACUGCUUGCUAGAGUGGCGAAAGAGUUUAGCAAAAAGGGUGCUCCCGUGAAGGUAGAUAAUAUGAUUAUUCCUUGGGAUGAGAAGACGGGUAAAAGCAGAGGGUUUAUUGUCGUUGAGUUCAAGAGUCCAGAAGAUGCGGCGUACGCAAUUGGCGUCAUGCAUGGACACCCGUUCGAUUCCAAGCAUAGAUUCUCACUCAACCGAUUCACCGAUAUCGAGCGUUAUGCGAACCUUGAUGAAACCUACGUAGAGCCUGAACCAGAACCAUACGUGCAAAAAGAACAUCUUCGUUCAUGGCUGGCUGAUCCCCAAGGUCGCGACCAAUAUGCGACUUACCGCGGAGAUGAGGUGGAGAUUCACUGGCAUGGCAAACCUUCGCAAUGCGAGGUAGCACACAAUCGACUAAACUGGACCGAUCUCUACGUUUCCUGGUCACCACUUGGAACCUAUCUUGCCAGUUUGCACCGACCGGGUGUGCGUCUAUGGGGUGGUGCCUCAUGGUCUGGCCUUCAACGAUUCGCGCAUCCUCUGGUCCGACUUCUCGACUUUUCACCGAAUGAAAACUACCUUGUUACUUGGUCCCACGAUCCUAUUGUUGUCCCUGAAGGCGCGCAGCAAGGGCCUCAGUUCUUCUCUCCAGAAGACGAGGGCAACAAUAUCGCCGUUUGGGACAUCAAGACCGGCAACCUUCUGCGAACAUUCCCUUCGGUAUAUCCUGAAGGCGAAGAUGCCUCAAAGAAGCAACAAUUGCAAUGGCCGGCAUUGAAGUGGAGUCCUGAUGACAAAUACGUUGCUCGUGUAACACCUGGUCAACAAAUCAGUGUCUACGAGUUGCCGAGCAUGGGACUUGUCGACAAGAAGAGUAUCAAGAUCGAGGGUGUGAUUGACGUCGAGUGGUGCCCGCUUGGAGACAAGGACAAAGAGGAAGAAGCAAAGUUCGCUGCUGGCAAGAGCAAUAAGAAGCCUAGGGAGAAUAUGUUGGCGUAUUGGACUCCGGAAGUCGCCAACCAGCCUGCUCGUGUCACUUUACUCCAGUUCCCGAGCCGGACGAUUCUGCGACAGAAGAACUUGUUCAACGUUUCGGAGUGCAAACUCUAUUGGCAAAACCAGGGAGAUUUCCUGUGCGUCAAGGUUGACCGUCACACGAAGACCAAGAAGUCAAUAUUCUGUAACUUGGAGAUCUUCAUGGUACGGGAAAAGGACUACCCCGUCGAAGUCGUGGAGCUCAAAGACACUGUGACCGACUUCUCGUGGGAACCAAAGGGCGAACGAUUUGCCAUUGUCUCCACGAGCGAUCCCAACUUCGGCAACCCUGGUCCUGGUAUCACUCUCAAGACUGAUGUCAGCUUCUACGCUCUUGAGCGAGGCAAGGGCGACUUCAAGCUUCUCCGCAGUCUGCCAAACCGAACGAGCAACACUAUUCGAUGGUCACCCAAGGGCCGUCACGUCGUUUUGGCUACCGUUGGAUCAACGACCAAGUCAGAAUUGGAGUUCUGGGAUCUGGACUUCCACCAUGAUGACACUGGCAAGCGGGAAGCGCAUAAGGAUGAAUGGGGAAGCGGCAUCCAGCACUUGGGUACCGGAGAUCACUACGCUGUCACCGACGCUGAAUGGGAUCCAAGUGGCCGAUACCUCGCGACGAGUGCCAGUGCAUGGAGGCAUACGAUCGAGAACGGUUAUGCUAUCUGGGACUUCCGUGGUCAAGAACUCGAGAAGCAUAUUCUUGAUCGAUUCAAGCAGUUCCUCUGGCGGCCAAGACCAAGAACGCUCCUCACCAAGGAACAGCAACGUCACAUCCGCAGAAACCUUAAGGAGUACAGUAGACAGUUCGACGAGGAGGAUGCUGCAGAAGAGAGCAACAUCAGUGCCGAGCUCAUCGCUCAACGGAAACGUCUCGUCGACGAGUGGAAUGCUUGGCGGCUGCAUUGCAAGGAGGAGUUGGGGACAGAGCGUGGCGUCGUCAAGAAGCUCAAAGAGCCACAGGAAGAGGAGGAAGAGAAGGAGGAGAUUGAGGUCUGGAUAGACGAGGUCAUCGAGCAAAUCGAAGAGGAACUUCUCGAGUGAUCUCGAUAAAUUCGCUGCUUGCACGAUUUACUGUUGUACCUACCCCGCUGUUGUUGUUAUGUCUCAAUGUUUUUCUUUGGUGCUUCAGGUUCGGUCAGGGUGGGUUAACGAGUGGAGAAUAUUUAUGAAUUGUAUCAAUAUGAACAACGAAAAGGUAAGGAAGGUAUGUACGUAUGUAUGACAUAGUAAGAGCCAAAUGAGUGAAUAUGUGCAUCCG